AUGGAGGGCGCGACGCCAGACGAGGCGUCGCUUCGUGCAGCCCUGCAGGCCAACCCUGCGGACGAUGCGGCUCUCGCAGGCCUCGCGCGCCUCGCGCUGGCUCGCCGCGGGUGGUCCGAAGCCGCCGAUCUUCUUCGCACGGCCGUAUCCGCGCGGCCCGACGAGAGCGAGUACCAUCUUCUGCUGGGCGAGACCUUGUGGAAUUCCGCGGAGGAAAGGGCAGCGGUAACCGCCACGUCGGCAGGCGGAGGCGGAGAGCCGGGGGGAAAUGAAGCACGGGCGACAGGGCGCGCGGCAGCGUACACAGAGUGGCUUCAGGCGGGCAAGCUGAGCCCUGGCAGCGCGGACGCCUUCCGCUGCCUGGGCUAUUUCUUUGCGGGCUUCCAGGGGAUUAUCCCGCGCGCAGGCGCGUGCGGAACGCAACACGGGGACGGGCGACACGCGGAGGCGUGGUGGGCGGCGGGGGAGCGGAAAAGGGCGCGGAAGGGGGGGGUUGGGGAGGAGGUGGUGCGGGACGUGGGGCGAGCGGUGAAGUGCUUUCAGAAGGCUGUGAGCGUGAAUCCCGAAGACCAAGACGCUGGGGAGGCGGCCUUCCACCUGCUGGCGGGGGGACGGGGGGCGGUGCGGCAGCGGUCGCUGCAGGUGGCGCUGUGCCGCGGGGCAGUAGAGGGCAGCACGCGGGCUUUCUGGGCGUGGCGGCUGCUGGGGCUGCUGCAUGCGGAGGAGGCCGCGUGGCAGUCUGCUGUGCCGUGCCUGCAGUCCGCCAUCAAGGGCUUCGUGCGAGAUGCCUCUCAUCCCCUUUUACCUUCAACUCAAUGCCACUCUGUUGCCUCCAACAUCCCCAUCUCCCCCUCCGAACGCUCUCCACCACCCCACACCCCUCGCCACCCGCGUUCCUCCCUGCAGGCCUAUGGCCGGGUGAUCACCUUGGGAUUGCCGCACGUGGCAAGCGCCCUGGAGGCCCUCGUCCCUGCCUCUGUUGCACUCGCCACUGCCUCUCCCCCUGCUGAGUCGCGUGGCGGUGUGAGCAGCAGUGACGUGGCAUGUGCAGUGUUUGCACUGGAGCAGAGUGGGCACAUUGAGCUGGAGCGCAGCAACUACUCCCAGGCAUUGGAGUUGUUCUCGUACGCGGAGGCGCAGCGGGCAGGCAGUGCCACGGUGCAGUGGGGGCUGGCAGCAGCGCGCUACGGCCUCGCAUGCCACGUGGCCUCCUUUGGCGCUGCUGCAUGGGCCAACGACCUGCUGCUGGCUGCAGCUGCCAGUGCCCGUGCGUCCAUAUCCCACCAUCCCACAUCCGCAACAACCUGGAAGCUUCUUGGUGACAUCGAGCUCCGUCACUCAGCCGUGCUUCUCGCCGCACCUUCCCCUGCCCAUGCCUCCUCCACCACCGCGCCUGCAUCCCCUGCCCCCUUCUCCCUCCUCACAUGGCGCCGCCACCGCUUCCGCCUGGCGUCCUCCGCCCUGCGUUCCUACGCGCACGCGCUGCACCUCUCCCCCUCGCCCUCCGCGCCCCCUCCCCCUGACUCCCCCCACCUCUCCUCUUUCCUCAGCUUGGGGGUACCUGAAGCAGGGGGGAUGGGCGGGGGGGAAGUGAAGGGCGCAGGGGGGCAGGUUGGGGGAAGGCUGUGGGCGGAUUUGGCACUGGCAGCGGCGGCCAAGGGGAGGGCAUGGGCGGAGCUGGUGGAAGCAGGUGGCGGGGGAGAGGAGAAGGAGGUGGAGUGUGGGAAUGCGGGUGGUGAUGGGCAGGCCAAGGCAGAGGUUCUAGACGCUGCAUGUGUGGAUGAGCUACGUGCGCUGCCCCCUCGCCUGCUGCUGCCAGCACUGCAGGGGCAGCAGAGCGUGGCGGGGGCGCAUGCAUGGGUGGUGCUGGCAGCCGUGGUGGGGUGGCAGUGGCCAGAGGUGCAGCAGCAUGCACUCGUGCAUGCCCUCAUGCUUGACCCGCUGCAUGCCCUCGCCUGGGUGCUGCUGGGGGAGGUGUACCUUCACCAGAAGCAGUCAAAGCUUGCCACACAGGCGUUCGCCCGUGCGCGUGUGGCAGACCCGUUCAUUGCCGCCCCCUGGGUUGCCUCUGCAGCCUGCCAGCUGGGCGCUCUCGCUGCUGCACCGGCAGCUAAUGCGCCACACACCAAUCCCCCCGAUGCUGCUGCUACUGCUGGUCUUAGCAGCACUCGCAACGAUGGUGAUGCUGCUGCUGAUUCUGCUGGUGAUGAUGAUGGUGAAAGCAGGCCAUCGCUGCAUGCGGCCAUGGCCGAUGCGCUCUUUGCUGCCACUGCAUGCUCCAACCCGCCGCCAUGCGCCCAACAUGUGCUCGGACAGCUGUCAGCUCGCUGCGGCAGGCUGGGCCAGGCAGAGGUCUUCUGUGCGCUGGCCCACCUGGCGAGCAGCAGCCCCGCAUCUCCCGAGGCGCUCUUCCUCCUCGGCCUCUCUGCCUGUGCGCGCGGCCUGCCCUCGGUCACCCUGCACGCCUUCCAAUCCGCCAAGCAGCUACUGCUGCAGCAGGAAGGACCUGCAGAGCGAGUGUGGCUGGCGUAUGUGCAAGUGGGCAUGGCCCUCACAGCGGCGCGGCGGUUCAGCGAGGCACUAGUGGAGUUUAACUCUGCUCACUCCCUUCGAGACCGUUCCAAGUGGCCGGUGCGCCCACUGCUCGCGCUCGCCCUCACGCUGCACCACUGCUCGCUCCACGACGACGCCCUUGCUGUUGUCGCCCUCGCCACCACCCAAGCCACACACCUUGCACCGUCCCCAUCCCCAUCUCCAUCCUCCUCCUCCUCGUCCUCCUCUCACUCCCUCCUCUCAGCGGCAGCAGUGAAGCUCCACGCUGCUCUCCUUGCCUCCCCCCCCGCUCUCCCAUCCUCCCCAGCACCGCCUGCAUCACUCGCCCCCUCUCUCUUCCUCUCGCCCUCUCUCGCGCGUGACCUGGCGCUGACGCGUGUUGACGUGUCGCUGACGGCGCUGGCAGCAGCAGCAGCGUCGUUGGACGAGGGGGAGAUAGGGCGUGCGGUGCAGCAGUACCGGCCUGUCUUCAGCGACCCUCUCAUGGCGCCCAGAGCACAUGCCUUGCUCGGGGUCUCACUCGCUGCCAAGGGUCAACUGCCACGUGCCCUCAAGUAUCUCAUCCGCUCGCUGCAUCACUUCCCCGAUAGCCUCCUGCUCAGGGCCUGUCUGGCAGACCUGCUCUCUCCCUCGCACCCGGCUCGAGCUGCGCGCAUCAUCGGCCUGGCGCCCCAAGCCCUCUCCUCGCACCCCCCUCCUCCGCACCCCUCUCUCCUCACCACCCCCGCCCCCCCUGACCGCACCACCGGAGGCAGUGCGGCGGGGACAGUGGAGGAGAGUGUGGUGCGCGUGCAGGCGAGCACACGGCUGGCGUGCAGUGCGUGUGCGGGAGGCACGGCGCAUGGCGCAGGGGCCUGCUUACACUCCCAGGCCCCGCUUGCCACGCCUGCUGCUGUGCCUGGAAGCAGUGGUAGCAGCAGCAGCGGGGGCAGUGUGGAAGAGGGUGGUGCGAGGGAGAGCCACCUGUCGGGACGCAAGUGCCUCCUCCUCCCCGAUUCACCCUCAUCAGCCAAUCAGAAAGCAGCGCUGCGCGCCUGUGCUGAAUGCCAGGUGGCGCGGUGCCAUUCGCUGCAGCAGCCUGCAACAGAAUCUCGUGCCCCGCCUCCAGUCACCCCCAGCUUCCCUGCCUCUCUGCUCCCAUCACUUGCCUCUGCCUCGUCUCUCUUCUCCUCUGGUUUCUACCAAGAGGCUGAAGCAGUGGUGGCAGCACUGCAAGCACAAGGACUGCAGGGGCAAGGCGAAAACAAGUUGCUGUUAAUGUCAGUGGUGCAGAUGUGGCAGGCUGUGAUUGGUGCAGAGAAGGGCGAGAUGAGUGAGGCUAGGAGUGUGUUGGAGGGGGUGGUGGGGUCGCUCAAGGAGGCAGCAGGGGCAGGUGGAAUGUCAGGGGCAGCUGUGCAACCGUUGCUCGACGUAGCUCAUGUGCUUCUAGGUACAGUUGACAUGCCUGUGUGA